ACAUCGUUUUUAAAGCACAGUCAAAUGUUUAGCUAAAGUUGAAACGUUGCCUGUUCCUUGUUUGCACACUUUGUAUUUCAUUGAGGCACAGUAUACAGUACUGUAUACAGGAAACAGACACAUAAUCUCACAGUCUCGUGCUCUGGAGGUUUUUAAAGGGCAGAGUACAGCAACAGAAACAGCACAUACUGCAGGUCUGGGAAGAUGUUAACACCAUUACCUGAAAAGUAAAUGGCUCUUAUGUUUUAGUCUACUAGACAAAAACCUGACUAGAAAAAGUGAUCAACAUUCCCGAAUAACUGGUCAUUGGAUUAUACUUUCUUUGUUGGUCUUUAAAAAUAUUCCCAUACCCUGGAGGCCCUUUUACAUUCUGUGUUUAAAAUAUGUUGUUUGGAUAAUUGCAAUUUUUUUGCUCCUGUUCCAUAGAACCCAAGAGAAAAAAUGGAGUUACCCUCACAGGUCUCUCACAGGAAACAUACUCUGGAUCUUUGGAUGCUGACUACAGGACACGCAAAUAUACUGUAUACAGUGACAAUUCUGAGAUGCCAAUUAACCUAGCCAACAUGUCAACCAACAUGUAGGUUGGAGAAAACCAGAUUAUCACCCAAAGACAACCCACGUGUACGGGAGGAACAUGCCAACUCUCCACAGAAGGAUCCAGUCCAGAAUGAAACCCAGGACCCAUUUGUCUAAGCAUUGAGCAGUCCUUGCACAUGACAUCUCAAUUAAAUUGCACCAUUAUAUAUAAAACCGUUUCAAUUACUUCUGGCAACAUCACACUCACGGUAUAUACCGUGAUUAUUUGUCCAGCAGGACUGGUUCCCUCAAAACUAUACCAGAUGAUAAACGUUAGAGGGCAAUUUUAAGAGAGGAAAAUGAUUACACGGCGACAACCCGUGGACUGGUCCCUGCAGAUAAGUUUUUUUGUUCUUACCUGGGGAGUGGUCCGGAAAACAGAAAUGGCACAUAACAGUUUCUAAUUUUAGCACAUGUGAAUCGUGAAUUUUACCGUUUUUAUUGGAGAAAUUUUAAAUCACAUCCUAAAGUGUUUGUUUUACAAAUCUACACGAAGCAAACGCAGAGCAACGAGCCGUGCACUGGACUUUAAAAUAGACUGCGGUGUCAGUAGAUGGCACUACUCACAUUUGGAUUGCAUGAAAAGUCAGAAGCUUUGCGCCUUUCAGCAUUUAAACAGGAAGUGACUUGAUUGGAAGUGCUUUAUUAUAAUUUUCAGUAUGAUUGUAUGUCUUCGGUGUCUCUAACCAGGAAAAGACCAGAGUAAACGGGAUAGAUGGCUGAGUGUAGUUAAACAUACAUUUAUUUCUUUAAUUUAAAAAAAUUAACUAUUUGUAUUGAAACACGUAAUGGUGGUGUUAGUUAAGUACGAUGAAAUCUACGUUAGAGUGAAAUUCAUUGUAGGGGCAUCUCCCAAUCUUCUUUCGUUACUAGUGGAGCUCUAAUUUAUCUAAUAAGGUAAUAUAAUGUAGUUACUGAAGGGAGUCAAAGGUUCCUACGAUUUAUGUAAGAAGUUAUUUCUUGAGUUAUUAUGGCCAAAGAGUAAAUGAUUCGAGAUCAAAAGCCAUCGGUUACAUUCGAGGCUCCAGGUGUUCAAUAAGGAGGCACAAUGAGUACAAAUCCCAUUUCCAACACACCUAAGAUGGUGAUAGUUGGCGCUGGCCUGGCUGGCCUGACUGCAGCAACUACCUUGGUCAAAGCAGGGUUUCAAAAUGUCUGGAUCUUAGAAGCCAUGGACAGACCAGGAGGGAGAAUCCACACAACCAGGCCCUUCAAGACAGAGAUCAUAGAGAUGGGGGCAAACUGGAUCCAUGGUCAAGAACAAAACCCAGUCUUUCUUCUGGCACAGCAGCACGGCUUACUGGCUGAAGAAACUUCCAGCAGUGUCAUGUGUCUGCCUGACUCCAUAACUCCCCGGGACUUCUUUUUUCAUGAACACAGAAGGCAGCUUCCCUCAGAAACAGUCGAAAAAGUGUGCUCUUUUUUCACUAAGCUUACCUCCAAGGCAUUCAAUCAAGAACUGGACAACAAAUAUGCCUUGAAGACUCUCGGUGACUUCCUAGAUGAAGAAUUCCAGGCCUCACCCUUGGAGUCUUUGGAAGAUGGCCCAAAGAUUUUUGAGUGGUGUAAACGGAGCGAGUGCACUGAUGAGGCUAGCUCCUCUCUGUAUGAUGUCUCUGCUAAAGACAUCGGUCUGUAUACAGCUUUAGAAGGCGGCUUCUUCACCUGCUUGGGACCUGGAGGCUACCAAGCUGUAUUAGAUGUUAUUCUGAAUAGCCUUCCUCCUGGUAUUCUCAUAUGUAACAAACCAGUAAAGCGCAUCCGAUGGGGUCUGGAUGAAGCUGCCCACCCAGUGAGGAUAGUGUGUGAAGAUGGGCUGGAACUACAAGCCGAUCAUGUCAUUGUCACAGCAUCUCUUGGGGUCUUACAGGAACAGGCCUCUGUCAUGUUUGAGCCUUUGCUGCCUGAGCGGAAGAUGAGAGCAAUCGAGAGGCUGGGCUUUGGUGUGGUUGACAAGAUCUACCUGAAAUUCACUGAGCGCUUCUGGCCUCCAGACUGUGCUGGAAUUCAGCUGGUCUGGGAGGAAGGACCCGAAGAUAAGAAUGUUUAUACCUCUUUGCUGGAUGGGGAGAGCUGGAAGAAGACAUGGUACAAGAAAAUUUGUGGUUUUGACAUUGUGGCUCGUCACCCAACUGUUCUCUGUGGCUGGAUUACGGGCAGAGAAGCCCAAUAUAUGGAGAUGCUUGAUGAGAAGGCGGUCGGAGAUGUUUGUGUGGGAUUGCUGAGAUCCUUCACUGGCUGGAAUAUUCCCGAUCCAGUCUGCGUGCUGAGAUCCAACUGGUGGGAGAAUCCCUAUGUUCGAGGUUCCUACACGUACAUACCUUCUGGGAUAGAUGCUGUGAAAGAGCAGGAAGACCUAUCUGAGCCUGUCCCAUCUGCUGCCUGCAACCCACAACUGAAGCCUCUGCAGGUGCUGUUUGCUGGUGAGGCUACACAUGUCAACUUCUAUACCACCACACAUGGGGCCUACCUCUCUGGAGUAAGAGAAGCUCAGAGGAUUAUUAACCACUACAGUCAUGAGAAGACCAGUCUUUAACUGCUUUAAAACCAGGAAUGUUUAAAAUAAUUUCUUUUCAGAUUUAUAACCUCAAUGAAGGAUUUUCACAUAAUCUGUACUCUGUAUUUUCAGUAUUUUAGCAGAAAUUUUAUUCUGUAGUAGUUCAGGUGGGUAGCUGCGUCAGCAUGCGUAGGCU